AUGAAACACUCUUUGGAAGCAAAACCCGAAGAAACAAACAAAUUUAAAAGUGUUCACAAUUUUAAAUUUUUUGAUGAGAAUUUCGACAAAUUUAAUUUGAUUGCACUUAAUAGUCAGCUUGUCGAAGAAGAAAACAAUAAGUCAAGUGGUUUGACUGAUAAUGAAAUGGACCUCUCGCCAAAUAUCUAUAGAGGUGCUGAUUUAUUGAAAGUGAGGAAUGAACUUGAGUCACAACUGAGACAAACAAGUUUCACUACAUUUGAAGACGUCAAGAAAUAUUUAUUGAAAGGAUUGGAAGAAACUGUCCGUGUUCUUCCACUCAUCGAUUAUCGCACAUUACGAAAUGAAUAUUUCUGUUUUACACAGCGAGUCGACACAAGAAGCACUCGACAAUAUCAGUAA